AGACACAGAGGUAAGAGAAGGAGAGGGAGUCUAGAGAGAGAAUCUAGAGAGAGAGAGGCUUUUAGAUUGGGAAGACUUUUUAGAGAGAGAAAAUCUGCUCAAUGUAAAGUGUAUGAUCUGAAGUGAUAGAGAGAGAGAGAGAAAGACAUAGACAGGGAGAGAUCUGGGGAAGGACAUGGUUUUGAGUUUUAGCUGAGUUUCUGCGCUGAAGCUUCAAUCUUUGGGUCUCAAUUGUGUCAACCGCUCUAAUAUUAGUGAAGUUUUUUAUUAUAGUUUGUGGCAAUUAUUCGGCUGAAGCGUUAUCAAGUUCAUACGAGCUCGUUAAAGGAUGCUUUGAUCUGGCACAUCUAUCAGUGGACUGGCGUAAAUGUCGUUCAGAAGUAUUGUUCGUGACGUGAGGGACGGGUUUGGAAGCUUAUCUAGGCGGAGUUUUGAUGUGAGGUUGCUGGGCCAUCACCGAGGAAAAUCACAUGGUUCAGUGCAUGAAUUACAUGAUCCUCCCCCUGUGAUACAGAAUAGUCGGUGGGCCAGUUUACCACCUGAGCUUCUACAUGACGUGAUCAAGAGAUUAGAAGCAAGUGAGAGCACGUGGCCCGCUCGCAAACAUGUCGUUGCGUGUGCUGCUGUUUGUCAUUCAUGGAGGGAAAUGUGCAAAGAAAUUGUCAAAAAUCCUGAAAUAUCUGGGAAGAUCACUUUUCCUGUUUCACUGAAGCAGCCGGGGCCUCGGGAUGGAACCAUUCAAUGUUUUAUUAAGAGAGACAAAUCUAAUUUAACUUACCACCUCUUCCUUUGCCUUAGUCCUGUUUUACUUGUUGAAAAUGGAAAGUUUCUUCUCUCUGCAAAACGGACGCGAAGAACUACCUAUACGGAGUAUGUCAUCUCCAUGGAUGCAGAUAAUAUAUCAAGAUCAAGUAGUACUUACAUCGGAAAACUGAGGUCGAAUUUCCUUGGUACCAAAUUCAUAAUCUAUGACACACAGCCUCCAUACAACAAUACCCAGCUGUCUCCACCGGGGCGGAGUCGAAGGUUCUACUCUAAGAAAGUUUCACCCAAGGUCCCCACUGGGAGCUACAACAUUGCCCAGGUCACCUAUGAGCUGAAUGUGCUGGGCACGCGGGGCCCUCGUAGAAUGCACUGUGUGAUGCACUCAAUCCCUACUUCGGCCCUUGAGCCCGGUGGGACAGUGCCAGGGCAACCCGAGCUCCUCCCCCGCUCUCUUGAGGACUCGUUCCGGAGCAUCUCCUUCUCCAAGUUCAUUGACUCCUCGACUGAGUUCAGCUCCUCACGGUUCUCGGACAUUGCAGGACCCACCCGAGGGGCAGAGGGGGAGGAAGGAGAGGAUGGUGGGAAGGAACGCCCUCUAGUCCUCAGGAACAAGGCACCGAGGUGGCAUGAACAGUUGCAGUGCUGGUGCCUCAACUUCCGGGGAAGAGUCACGGUAGCAUCCGUGAAGAACUUCCAGCUGAUAGCGGCAAACCAGCCGGCCGCUGGCGCCCCAACCCCAACCCCAAGCCAGCCUGCACCAUCCGAUCAUGACAAGAUCAUACUCCAGUUCGGGAAGGUCGGGAAGGACAUGUUCACAAUGGACUACCGGUAUCCUCUGUCCGCUUUCCAGGCAUUCGCGAUCUGCCUCAGCAGCUUCGACACCAAAUUGGCUUGUGAAUAGAAGAAAGGUCUCGGGAAGAAAAGGGUAGGGGAAACUGUUUUCUCGUAAAUGCGAGAAGCACUAAGGGGGAGGAGGAGGAAGGAAGUAGUGUAUGGAGAUUCAGUCACCACCUGUAUUAAGUCGUAUAGAGUCGGAACUCCGAAGCGCAGCUGUUUGGUAAUUGCUAAGUAAGCCCUCUAUCGAUUUCUUUCUUCCGGCUCUCUUUCUCCCUUCCCCCCUUUUCUGGUCUUAAUCGUCAGGCCGAGUCUGAUUGAAUGGACAUUGGUGUAGUUUUAUCUGUGGUGUUAAUUUUUAACUCUUGUAUUAUUGAACUGCUGUUCGCUAAGCAUGCUUUGAAAGCAAUAAUUGAACCCUUUUGACUA